AUGGAAAGAGGAAACCAAACAGGAGUUGGGAAUUUUCUCCUCUGGGGAUUCACAGAGGACCUGGACCUGAAGGCUUUCUUCUUUGGGUUGUUUCUGUCCAUGUAUCUGGUCACAUUCACUGGGAACCUGCUCAUCAUCCUGGCCAUCUGCUCAGACUCCCACCUCCACACGCCCAUGUACUUCUUCCUCUCCAACCUGUCCUUUGCUGAUAUCUGUUUCACCUCCACCACCGUCCCCAAGAUGCUCCAGAACAUCCAGACUCACAGCAAAGCCAUAACAUAUGAAGGAUGUCUCAGUCAGAUUUUUUUUUUCAUUGUGUUUGGAUGCCUGGACAAUUUACUCCUGACCAUGAUGGCCUAUGACCUCUUUGUGGCCAUCUGUCAGCCCCUGCAUUACUCAGUCAUCAUGAACCCCCAGCUCUGUGAGCUGCUGGCCCUGGGGUCCUGGUGCAUCAGUGUCAUGGGCUCCCUGUUGGAAACCUUGACCCUCUUGAGGCUGUCCUUCUGCACAGACAUGGGAAUCCCACACUUUUUUUGUGAUCUUCCUGAAGUCCUGAAGCUUGCCUGUUCUGACACCCUCAUUAAUAACUUAGUGAUGUAUUUUGUGACUGUUGUCCCAGGUGUCUUUUCUUAUUCUCAGAUUUUCUCCUCCAUCCUGAGAAUUUCAUCAGCCAGGGGCAAGUACAAAGCCUUUUCCAGGUAUGGGUCUCACCUCUCGGUGGUCUCCUUGUUCUAUGGCACAGGGCUUGGGGUCGACCUCAGUUCUGCAGCAACUUCAUCCACUAGGAUGAGUCUGGUGGCCUCGGUGAUGUACACCAUUGUCACUCCCAUGCUGAACCCCUUCAUCUACAGCUUGAGGAACAAGGACAUGAAGGGAGCCCUGGGCACGCUCCUCAGGAGGGUGGUGCCUCUCAGCGUUGGGACCAUUACAGGAUUCUCCUGA